CAGUAGGGUCGUGCGCCUGUAACUGGGACAGCCAUGGAGAAGAGUGGGAACAUUCAGCUGGAGAUUCCUGACUUCAGUAACUCUGUCCUGAGCCACCUGAAUCAGUUACGGAUGCAGGGUCGCCUGUGUGACAUUGUGGUCAACGUCCAGGGGCAAGCUUUCCGCGCUCACAAGGUGGUGCUGGCCGCCAGCUCGCCCUACUUCCGCGACCACAUGUCCCUGAAUGAAAUGAGCACCGUUUCCAUUUCUGUCAUCAAGAACCCUUCCGUUUUUGAGCAGCUCCUUUCCUUUUGUUACACCGGUAGGAUAUGUCUACAGCUGGCUGACAUCAUCAGUUACCUCACGGCUGCCAGUUUCUUGCAGAUGCAGCACAUCAUAGACAAAUGCACGCAGAUUCUCGAGGGAAUUCAUUUCAAAAUUAACGUGGCGGAGGUGGAAGCGGAAUUGAGCCAGACCAGGACAAAACAUCAGGAGAGACCGCCGGAGUCUCACCGGGUGACGCCGAAUCUCAACCGUUCCCUGAGCCCACACCACAACACCCCGAAGGGGAGUCGCCUGGGCCAGGUGAGCACAGUGCUGGACAUUCGGGAGCUCAGCCCACCCGAGGAGUCCCCCAGCCCCCAGAUAAUUGAGCAGAGUUCGGAUGUGGAAAGCAGGGAGCCCAUACUACGGAUUAACAGAGCGGGACAGUGGUACGUGGAGACGGGAAUGGUCGACCGUGGGGGACGGAGCGACGACGACGUCCGGGUGCUGGGAGGAGUACGUAUUAAAACGGAGAACCUGGAGGAG